UGAAUAUUGACAAAACCUCUUCUUUUUUGCUCCAUGAAAGAAAGAAUACUACAUGGAUCUGACACGAUCUGAGGAUAAUUUCCUGGAGGAUCUAAGGAACCUGUCAGAUGUCAGCAAAGCCAAUGUCAAGUUUUCUCUGAGAAACCCGUCUCAACCAGAUGAUGAUGUGUGUUACAUUGUGUGUGGCAAACCAGAGACUCUCAGCAGCUGCAACUUCAAAAACACUUCAAAAACCUUUUUGGUCAUUCAUGGGUGGACGGUAAGUGGAUUGUUUGAGAGCUGGGUUGAGAAACUGGUUGCCGCACUUUAUAACAGGGAGAAGGAUGCUAACGUCAUUGUUGUGGACUGGUUGGACAUGGCGCAGAACUAUUAUGUGGUGGCAGCACAAAACACAAAGAUGGUGGGACAAGAGAUCAGGCUCUUCAUAGACUGGUUAGAGGAGUCUGCCAACGUUCCUUUGGAGAAGUUGCACCUCCUUGGCUACAGUCUUGGCGCCCACGUUGCAGGUUUUGCAGGAAGUCAUGCAACCAAUAAAGUUGGACGAAUCACAGGUCUAGACCCAGCUGGACCAGACUUUGAAGGGGUCCACGCCCACGGACGGCUGUCCCCAGAUGAUGCCCAUUUUGUAGAUGUCCUUCACACAUUCACUCGAGGUUCUCUGGGUCCCAGUAUCGGUAUCGAGCAGCCAAUCGGUCAUGUGGAUAUAUACUCUAAUGGAGGAAGCUUCCAGCCUGGCUGCAACUUGAGAGGAGCUCUAGAGAAAAUGGCCAGUUAUGGAAUACUUGCCUUAUAUAAUGCCAUCAGAUGUGAGCAUGAGAGGUCUGUCCACCUGUUCAUCGACUCCCUGCUGAAUGAGGAAGAAGCUAGCAGAGUGUACAGCUGUGGGAGCAAUGACAUGUUCGACCGAGGCAUGUGCCUCCAGUGUCACAAGAACCGCUGCAACACCGUGGGCUACGACACCAGCAAAGUCCGUAAGGCAAGAAGCGUCAAGAUGUUCGUCAAGACACGAGGCUCCAUGCCAUUCAGAGUUUUCCACUAUCAGCUGAAAAUCAACUUCCUUGGUAAAUUAAAUCAAUUAGCGAUGGAGCCAGCACUGACAGUCUCACUUUACGGUACCAAUGACGAAGCAGAAGCUCUCAAGUUGAAUGUACAGGAGAAGAUCACCGCUAAUAAAACGUACUCAUUCCUUGUGGUAACCGAGAAGGACAUUGGAGAUCUUCUGAUGCUGAAGUUUAAGUUGGAGGAGUCCACAUCCUCUUUACUCUCUCUGCUCUCCUCGUGGUGGUAUGGAGAUUCUGCGAAUUCUGGCGUACAGGUCCAUAAAAUCAGAGUCAGAGCCGGGGAGACACAAAAGAAAAUUGUGUUGUGCUUGAAAGAUCCACAAAUGGGAAGUUCAGCUCAGGACGUCGUAUUUGUGAAAUGCAAGAAGCCUUGAAGGUCUUUAUCUAAACGGCUUCAAUUGAAGAGCCAAUGGAAAUAUUUUCAAGUGAUUUUUUAAUGAAGCAAUUCAACAAAUGUAUUUAUACAGCUGUUACUGAUUAAGACUGCAACUGCACUGACUGUACUGUAUUCAAUAUGUAAUGUGUUGCUAUGAAUGUGAUUCAUGCAAAUAGAUUGUGAACUUUUGUACUAGGGUAAGCCAUAGGCUUGAAAAGCCUUGAAAUGUGAUUGAUUGUAUUAAAUAAUACUGGAUUUGUGUUUGAAGUAAAUCUUUAGUUAAUUCAUUUUAGUAUUAUUUGUAAUGAUG